AUGGCACUGACGGAGAACUGUAAGAUUUACCAAUCGCCGAAGGAUGGGGGACAGGUGCAAAGUUCAUCCGACGUGAUAGAACUCAACGUGGGAGGACAGGUUUAUUAUACGCGCCAUGCCACCCUCACGAGCAUUCCAAAUUCCUUGCUUGGGAAAUUAUUCGCCACAAAGAAAGACAACUCCAACGACUUGGCUCGUGACUUGAGAGGACGUUAUUUCAUCGACAGGGAUGGCUUUUUAUUCCGUUAUGUCUUGGACUACCUCAGAGACAAGCACGUUGUCCUGCCUGACCACUUCCCGGAGAAGGGACGGCUGAGGAGAGAGGCUGAGUAUUUCCAGCUACCGGAAUUGGUGAAGAUUUUAACCGACGAUAAACGCACAGAUGACUACUUUCACAGUGAUUAUGACGAGCCGUCUCAGGGAAGCGACCACAGGCUUUACCCCUCGUACCUGGACCCCCGGGACAGGAGGCACGGGUUCAUCACGGUCAGUUACAAGGGCUCGUGCACCGCGGGAAGAGAUGGCCCGGCAGACCCCAAGGCUCGCGGGCUUCCUAAAAUCUUUAUUUGCGGACGACUUGGCUUGGCGAAGGAAGUAUUUGGAGACACUUUGCACGAGGGCCGGGAUCCAGACGGCAGGGUCCAGGACCGUUACGCCACCCGCCUCUUGCUCAAGUUCAAACACUUGGAGAGAGCCUUUGACAUGUUGGCCGAGAGUGGAUUUCAAAUUGUCGCGUGCAAUUCUUCCUUGACCGCACCGUUUGCCAGUCAACAAACGGAUGACAAAGUAUGGUGCAAUAACACGGAGUAUGUCUUCUACCGUGGCCCGUCCGGUUGGUCCUCGUCCCACUGCGACUGCUGCUGCAAGAGCCACAAGAGUGGGGGCGGCGAGGGUGAGAGCGGCGGCACCUCCUUCAACGAGCUCUCCACCUCCUGCUCCGAGACCCAGUCCGAGGCCAGCUCCCCGCAGGGCACCGUCAUCCGGGGGCCCGUCAGCCGACCCCCUCCUCCCCCCGCCAUCGCACACACCCUGGACCGGCCCGGACGCAAGGGCGGAGGAGGCGGCGGUCACCACCACCACCCCCACCGUCGGACUGAUCUGCUGCGAGCGCGCACUACGGGGCCCCGAGACGGCAUGAUGGGGGGGAGUCGAGGAGGUGUCGGGGGGAGGAAAGGAGGAGGAGGACAGGGGAAGGAGAAGAUGACCGUGGAGCAGGAGCUGGAGAGGUGCAUCCAGGACUUCCGCCGCAUCAAGAUACCCCAGCAGUUUCCUGACAAGAAGUACAACUGGCAAUCGGAUCUGCUGCAGAAGUAUCAGCUUUAA